AUGCUCUCACGUGUUGCUGCAGUGAAGGCACCCCGCACACACAACCGUUGCCUUAACACCGGAUCGAGCGGAAGGAGGAGGGAAGGAAGAGAGAGUGAGCGGCAGAGGCCCAACAUGUCCCGGCGUGUGUUUACUUCCGCGGUGCCGCUCCUCCUCGUCGUGAUGAUUUGCUGCAGUACUUGUGGAGCUGCGCAAGGUGAGGAGGAUCAGUCGUCUGAUCCAAAGUUUCAAUGGAAAAGCAUCACUGAUGGCGUGACUGUGGAGUCGUUUGGAAUUCCCGGCAUUUUGAAAGUUGGGAGUGACGUAUUUGCCGUUGCCGAGGUGCAGUGCAAGAAGGAUGGAAACAACGUCUUUACUGGCAUUGCAUCCGAACUUCUCACGAUAAAAGACGAUAACAAACCGGAGGAAGCGCUUAAGAAUGCCAGAGUGAUACAAGUUCUGGAGGAAGGCGCUUCCCCAAGCAAGAGAGUAGAUGUGAGCCGACCGACAGCAAUUGUGGAUGGAAGUGAUAUUUACAUGCUUGUUGGAAAAUACAGCCGGAAUGCUGCUGCUGGUGCUCGGGAGAGUGCUGCAGCUCAAUCGGGACUUUUGCUGGUGAAAGGGACAGUCAGUGAUGAAGGAAAUGACAGCGAAAAAAAAAACCAAUGGAAUGUGAACCAGCUACCGGUCGGCACUUUAUCUGAGGGCGAACACGAUUCCUGGAUGCAGUUGAUUGGAGGCGGUGGAUCGGGUGUUAAGAUGAAGGACGGUACGCUUGUGUUCCCAGUGGAAGGCACAAAGACAACGACGAAGGAUGGUGGCACAGAAGAGGAUGAAAAGACCGUCUCACUGCUCAUACGCUUCUCGGAUCCUGAGAUUUGGACGCUGUCGAAGGGGAUGUCUGAUGAUGGCUGCGGUGAUCCCUCCGUGGUGGAGUGGAAGGACAAGCUCAUGAUGAUGACAGCGUGUGAUGAUGGCCGCCGCAGGGUGUACGAGUCCGGUGACAAGGGGAAUACGUGGACGGAGGCACUCGGGACACUCUCGCACGUGUGGGGCAACAAAAAACGGGACGGAGAAGGGAAGGCCGUUGGGAGCGGGUUCACCACAGCGACUUUUGGCACUGGAGCUGAGCAGAAAAAUGUGAUGCUCGUUACUCUGCCGGUGUAUGCCAAAGAAACACAAAAUGAAAAUAAAAAGAGCGAACUCCAUCUUUGGCUGACGGACAAUACGCACAUUGUUGAUAUUGGGCCGGUAUCUAGGGAGGAUGACGAAGAUGUUGCCGCCAGCGCCCUGUUGUACAAAAGUAGUGAAAGUACAACUGAUGAGGAGAAGAAGGAGGAGUUGAUUGCACUGUACGAGAAGAAGAAGGACGAGAAGGUCGAUGUGUAUACAUCAUCAAACAGCCUUUGGUCUGUGCGUCUGACCGCGCAGCUGGAGCGGGUGAAGGAGGUUCUGAAGACCUGGAAGGAAGCGGACAAACAUGUCUCCCAGCUGUGCCCUUCUGAGAGCGCUGUGCAGGCUACCUCACCUGACAGUGCCUGCAAAAACACUAAGAUCACGGAUGGGCUGGUCGGCUUUUUUUCCGGCAACUUCUCUGAUAAGACAUGGAGGGACGAGUACCUCGGGGUGAACGCCACAGUAAAGAAGGGAGCGAAAGAAGGAGUGCCAGCAGCGGUAGCAGAGAAAGCAGAGUCUUCUGAUGGAGUGACUUUUCGGGGAGCGUGGGCGGAGUGGCCCGUUGGCAGUCAGGGGGAGAAUCAGCUGUACCACUUUGCGAACUACAACUUCACUCUUGUGGCGACGGUGUCCAUCGGCGGUGAGCCGAAGAGUGGCAGCGUUCCAUUGUUGGGUGCGCGUUGGGAAGGCCAAGGAGAAAACAAACUUUUUGGACUGUCGUACGACAGCGGAAAGAAGCGGGCAGUGCUGUGCGGUGGCGGACAGAACAAGGAGCACAGCAGCACUUGGGGGCCAGGGAAAACGCACCAAGUGGCCAUUGUGCUAAAGAACGAAAAACAGGGCUCUGCGUACGUCGAUGGUAAAAGUGUGUGCGAGAAUGUGCAGUGCCAAUUGGAAGGUAAGGAAGAUAAAAAGAUCUCACACUUCUACAUUGGAGGGGAUGGAGGCAACACAGAGAGCCAAGAAGACGUGUCUGUGACGGUGACGAACGUCCUGCUGUACAACCGCCCGUUGACUUCCGAAGAGAUUGCAUGGCUUGCCAAAAAUACAAUUACUAUUCCGAAGCCGGAAGAUCCGAAGAUAUCGACGACACCUCCUCGUUCACCAGCGGUAAGUGGAUUACCUGUGGAAGGAACCGUGACCCAGUCCAAUUCUGCCGGGCAACUGCCGUCGGAGCAGGGACAGCCGAAGGGUAGCAAUGGUGCGGGUGCUGGCGGCGCAUCCACACCAGCGACGUCUACCGCCGCGACUUCUUCAGAAAAGGAGCCCGUAAACCAGCUGACAUCUGGAACCUCUCCCAGUGGAAACAAAAAUGUGGAUGUCUCUUCCUCGUCUGACGCCGACCCAACGGUGGUGACAGGGAGUGGAGAAACGGUUCAGGGAGAUGGAUUACCCCAAACUCCUGAGGUGAGCGUCGGCUCUGGUGCGGAUGGGGAGACGGCAGGAGGAAAAGAUGUGCAGGGAGAGGAGGAAGAGGUCCAGCCACAGAACAGGGACGUGAAUGCUGCGGCACUCAGCAGCAGCCUCGGAAAAUUGUCGCAGGAGAAUAACAACGAUGGCGGCAUCAUGCGUGGGAGCGGACUGCUGCCGCUGCUGCUCCUUCUGUUGGGACUGUGGGGGUUUGCGGCUCUGUGA